AUGGACGGGCCAUGGAUAUUAAAAUCGGAAAAGAAGGCAGCAGUUGGAAAGGUGAAGAAGAACAAGGCAGCGGGGCCAGAUGAGAUAGUAACAGAAAUGGUCACGGCAAUGGAAGACUUUGGGAUUGAAAAACUUACGAAUGUCAUAAACGAUAUCUAUGGCAGUGGAGAAAUACCAAAGGAAUUGAGCAAGUCAAUAUUUAUUGCAUUGCCAAAGAAACCGGGAGCCAUAGAAUAUUCCAAGAAAGCGUUUGAUAAAGUACAGCAUGAAGAGUUGUUGAAGGCACUUCAAAGUUUAGAUCUUGAUGGAAAGGAUAUUCGACUAAUUAGAAAUUUGUACUGGGAACAAACGGCAUUUAUGAGAGGAUUUGCCAUCGGAGGCCAUAACAUGAAUAACUUGCGUUAUGCAGAUGACACAGUGCUUAUUUCUGAGUCGGCAGAGAAGUUGCAAGAACUACUUGAAAAGUUCCAUCUAACUAGGAAUGCUGUCUCUGUCGAUUGUUCAGUAUGGCUAAACUUCCGCCAGAAUAGAUACAAAAAGUAA